CUUCUGAGAGAUUCCGAUCUGUUUUAGUUUCUUCUUCUUCUUCUUCUUCUCCGACUCUCUUACGUAAUGUCGUGAUAUGUUCAAUAAGCUUUCUUCAAUGGCGUAUGGUUCUUUCGGCGUCUCAUCAAAAGCUUUAGUCUUCUGCCGUCCUUGCUAUGGCUCCUUUAGAGAUCUACCUUUCUCCCUCCGAGCGUCUACAAUUGGGCAUUGCGGAUGUGUUGGAGCUAUCGCCGCACCUAGAAAUGUAGUGAAACCACGCAAGGAAGAGAGCCGUGAUUUUAGUGGAGCAAGGAAGAGUAAUAAGGAUAAAUCGAUGCCGUGGAAGAAGAUGGAUGCUAAUGAAUUUGGUAUUCAAAGGUCAAUGAUCCCAGAUUCUACUCGGAUGGUUCUCAAUAAACUCAAGAAGAAAGGAUUUCAAGUUUACCUAGUUGGAGGUUGUGUUCGGGAUCUUAUUCUAGAUAGAAUCCCCAAGGAUUUUGAUGUUAUCACUACAGCCGAACUAAAGGAGGUACGGAAAGUAUUUCCCAGCUGUCAAAUUGUUGGAAGACGAUUUCCCAUUUGUCAUGUUUAUGUUGAUGACAUUAUCAUAGAGGUGUCAAGUUUUAGUACUUCAGCAAGGACUGGUAAAGCGCCCAAUAAAAACUUGAGGAAGCCUGCGGGCUGCAAUGAGCGUGAUUAUAUCCGUUGGAAGAAUUGCUUACAGCGUGAUUUUACAGUCAACGGGUUGAUGUUUGAUCCAUCGGAGAAUGUAGUGUAUGAUUAUAUAGGAGGAGUUGAAGAUUUAAGGAAUUCUAAAGUGAGAACAGUAUCUGCGGCGAAGCUUUCAUUUGUCGAAGAUACAGCUCGCAUUUUACGUGCAAUUAGGAUUGCAGCGAGGUUAGGAUUCAGCUUGACCAAAGACGUUGCUAUUUCUGUGAAGGAGCUUUCUUCUUCAUUGCUGAGACUUGACCCUUCAAGGAUUCGUAUGGAAAUCAAUUAUAUGCUGGCGUAUGGGUCUGCAGAAGCUUCUUUACGCUUAUUAUGGAGAUUUGGGCUCAUGGAAAUUCUUCUACCUAUCCAGGCAUCUUAUCUUGUUUCCCAAGGGUUUCGGAGGCGUGAUGGAAGGUCCAACAUGCUUCUGUCGUUAUUUCGCAACCUUGACCGACUUGUAGCACCUGAUCGUCCAUGCCACGAGUUCCUCUGGAUUGGGAUCUUAGCAUUCCACAAAGCAUUGGUUGAUAAGCCUCGGGAUCCCACGGUAGUAGCUUGCUUCUGUCUUGCCAUCUACAGUGAACUAUCUUUAGCAGAAGCCAUCAAAAUUGCAAGGAGCAACUCUAAACCGCACAACUCAAACUUCCGAGAACUGUCCGGUCAUGAGAAAGACAUUAUUGACUCAGACAGUAAACUAGCGCAGCAGGUCUUGAACUUAGCAGAGUCUAUAAGAUCAGCUGCACGUAAACUGAAUGAUCGAGAUUACAUAGCUAACGCAAUGAGCCAAUACCCGCAAGCACCGGACUCUGAUAUGGUUUUCAUGUCAAGACCUGUGUUGGAGAGAGUGGAGAAAAUGUUUGGAAAUGUAAGAAGCAAGGGAAGCCAAGAGACAGAUGGUGUCCCAAGUUUAGAGCGUAGGAUAGAUUACAAGUCUCUUGCUCUUGGAGACUUUCACGAAACACGUCGUGUAUUUGCUAGGAUUGUAUUUGAUACCGUUUACCCUCCAACUUAAUAACCUCACCAAUUUUUUUCUUUCAUAAUCGUUGUAAGAAAUUAUAUCUUCAAAUUUUGUAGUGUUGGUUAUAAGAUCUUUAAAGUUAACUGUCAA